GAAUGUGAGCUCUGCUGGAGAGGAGGCCAGGAGGAGGAUGAGAGAGUGUGACGGACUGACAGAUUCUCUCCUCUACGUCAUACAGACCGCUUUGGGCAGCAACGACAUUGACAGCAAGGUAUGUGUGUUGUGUGUGUGUGUGUGUGUGUGUGUCCAUCAGUUCAACAGUAGAUAAACAGCUUUAUGCAUGGCUACCUUCUCAAGGUUGCUGCAGCUCGGUCUCUCUAAAUGGCAUUUCUUAAUCAUUGUCUAACAUCCCGCCCAUCUCUGCUCUGAUGUCUCCACGGUAGUGAGGAUUGAUUGGCAUGCACUGGGGCCAGUGGCCAUUGUCAUUGACUGGUCCCAAGUUAUUAGCAGACACUGACAGGGUGAUACUUUUCAUUGUUUUUGUGGACUUUCUGUUCUCCUGGUAUCUCUUUCUUUCUUCCCCUAUUCUGUCUUUCUAUUUCUUAACCACUUUCUCUACCUCCCUCUUUCUUUCUCUACCUCCCUCUUUCUUUCUCUACCUCCCUCUUUCUUUCUCUACCUCCCUCUUUCUUUCUCUACCUCCCUCUUUCUUUCUCUACCUCCCUCUUUCUUUCUCUACCAGUAUCCUGUCACUCUGUUCAAAAAAUAAAAUUAAAGGGAAUUAAAUAUGUUGUUUACCUCUGGAGUUGUAUACCUGUUGUUUACCCCAGGAGUUUAUUUUACCUGUUGUUUACCUCUGAAGUUGUUUACCUGUUGUUUACCUCUGGAGUUGUUUAUCUGUUGUUUACCUCUGGAGUUGUUUACCUAUGGAGUUGUUUAUCUGUUGUUUACCAAUGGAGUUGUUUACCUGUUGUUUACCGGUGGAGUUGUUUACCUGUUGUUUACCUAUGGAGUUGUUUAUCUGUUGUUUACCGAUGGACUUGUUUACCUGUUGUUUACCUCUGGAGUUGUUUACCUGUUGUUUACCUCUGAAGUUGUUUAUCUGUUGUUUACCUCUGGAGUUGUUUACCUGUUGUUUACCUCAGGAGUUGUUUACCUGUUGUUUACCUCUGGAGUUGUUUACCUGUUGUUUACCUCUGAAGUUGUUUAUCUGUUGUUUACCUCUGGAGUUGUUUACCUGUUGUUUACCUCAGGAGUUGUUUACCUGUUGUUUACCUCAGGAGUUGUUUACAUCUGAUGUUUUCAGAGGAAAAUAACUAUCUUCUUCACUCUUCUAACAGCUCUGGCCCAAGGUCUGUUCUUAUUGGAUCCAGUUGGAGCGACUUCGUGUUUGUAUUACGUCUGUAAUGUCAUUGAAAGCAUAUAGUCAGUAUUCUGUUCAAUUACAUUCAUUAUAGUUGUUUGUGUAAAUGAUCAGUCUGAGAGACACUUCUAUAAAACAGACAGAGUCGUCCGAGAUGACUGAUGAUUUUUCUUAGCUAUUUCCAAGUGGUUUACUUUCCAUAUUCCUCCCAUUCGCCCCGUUUAUUAGUGAUACUUCACAGAGGCACACGCACACACAUACCCCCCUCUGCUGUUUUGGCUGUGUCCUCUUCUAACACCAUGUUAAAUGGAGCGUGAGACGAUGCUUCGGGCUCAGUCAUUUUUCCUCAUUUGAAAUAAUUUCUUUAAUAUCAUUUGAAAGUUAGAGCACAUCACGAUUCAUGGAUGGAAUUAGGCACUCUUCCUUUUAAGUGCUCCUUCACACACAUACACAAACACACGUGCACACACACGCACGCACAUACACAUUUUGGCAGGGUGGGAAGUUAGCUCUUGUGGGAAGUUAUAUCCUGACCCCCCCCCCCCCCCCCUUCCCCUUCUGUAGACCAUAGAGAACUGUGUGUGUAUCCUGCGUAACCUGUCCUACCGACUGGCAGCGGAGACGUCUCAGGGCCAGCAGCUUGGUUCAGAGGAGCUGGACGGUCUGCUAUGUGACGCCAACGGACGUGACGGAGAGACCUCAGGCUGCUGGGGCAAGAAGAAGAAGAAGAAGAAGGGUCAGGAUCAGGUGGGGAAGUUACACACACAGAGAGAGAGAGAGAGAGAGGCACCGACACACUCUAUCACACACGCAUACACACACAUAUGUGCAUAAUGACCGUGUACAUAUUUUGAUAUUAAUGGAACGAAAUGCUUUAGAACGUGCCCCUACCACCUGUAUGUAAUUAUCAGGAAGAAUUGACAUUCGCGAUCUCUCCCAAUCUGCAACCGUGACCAAUGACCUUACACCUUAUUGAUUUGUAAAUUCAACAAACCAAUCGGAAUACAUAAACAUCAAAAUACAUAUUUCUUAAGUGGAAGAAUAACCAACCAUGUUACACAACACAGACAGUGCAGACACACAGACAGUGCAGAUAUACAUACAGUGCAGACAGAUAGUGCAGAUAGAUAGUGCAGACAGAAAGAUAGUGCAGACAGAUAGUGCAGACAGACAGACAGUGCAGACAGAUAGUGCAGAUAGAUAGUGCAGACAGACAGACAGUGCAGACAGACAGAUAGUGCAGACAGAUAGUGCAGACAGAUAGUGCAGACAGACAGACAGUGCAGACAGAUAGUGCAGAUAGACAGCGCAGACAGACAGACAGUGCAGACAGAUAGUGCAGACAGAUAGAUAGUGCAGACAGACAGACAGUGCAGACAGAUAGAUAGUGCAGACAGAGAGUGCAGAUAGACAGCGCAGACAGACAGACAGUGCAGACAGAUAGUGCAGAUAAACAGUGCAGACAGACAGACAGUGCAGACAGACAGAGCAGACACACAGAUGCUAUAUGGUACAAGCUCCCUCCGAGCCAUAUCAUAUCAAGCUCCCUCCGAGCCAUAUCAUAUCAAGCUCCCUCCGAGCCAUAUCAUAUCAAGCUCCCUCCGAGCCAUAUCAUAUCAAGCUCCCUCCGAGCCAUAUCAUAUCAAGCUCCCUCCGAGCCAUAUCAUUUGUUCACUGCAGGGAUGUCCUGAAGGGAAUCAAAGCAAAAGCUUCAAACAGAGAACAUUAAAAGACCACAAACUCCUUUAGUAUGUGUAACCUGGGAGAUUCUUUCCUCUUAGGGGGUCGAUGUAAUAUUGCAGAUAGAUUGUAGCUUCCAUCAAUGUAAUUGUCUGCAUCACUAACAAUCUCCCAUAUUAUUUUUGUAAAUAUAUAAAUUAUAUAUAUAUACAGUGGGGAGAACAAGUAUUUGAUACACUGCCGAUUUUGCAGGUUUUCCUACUUACAAAGCAUGUAGAGGUCUGUAAUUUUUAUCAUAGGUACACUUCAACUGUGAGAGACAGAAUCUAAAACAAAAAUCCAGAAAAUCACAUUGUAUGAUUUUUAAGUAAUUCAUUUGCAUUUUAUUGCAUGACAUAAGUAUUUGAUCACCUACCAACCAGUAAGAAUUCCGGCUCUCACAGACCUGUUAGUUUUUAUUUAAGAAGCCCUCCUGUUCUCCACUCAUUACCUGUAUUAACUGCACCUGUUUGAACUUGUUACCUGUAUAAAAGACACCUGUCCACACACUCAAUCAAACAGACUCCAACCUCUCCACAAUGGCCAAGACCAGAGAGCUGUGUAAGGACAUCAGGGAUAAAAUUGUAGACCUGCACAAGGCUGGGAUGGGCUACAGGACAAUAGGCAAGCAGCUUGGUGAGAAGGCAACAACUGUUGGCGCAAUUAUUAGAAAAUGGAAGAAGUUCAAGGUGACGGUCAAUCACCCUCGGUCUGGGGCUCCAUGUAAGAUCUCACCUCGUGGGGCAUCAAUGAUCAUGAGGAAGGUGAGGGAUCAGCCCAGAACUACACGGCAGGACCUGGUCAAUGACCUGAAGAGAGCUGGGACCACAGUCUCAAAGAAAACCAUUAGUAACACACUACGCCGUCAUGGAUUAAAAUCCUGCAGCGCACGCAAGGUCCCCCUGCUCAAGCCAGCGCAUGUCCAGGCCCGUCUGAAGUUUGCCAAUGACCAUCUGGAUGAUCCAGAGGAGGAAUUGGAGAAGGUCAUGUGGUCUGAUGAGACAAAAAUAGAGCUUUUUGGUCUAAACUCCACUCGCCGUGUUUGGAGGAAGAAGAAGGAUGAGUACAACCCCAAGAACACCAUCCCAACCGUGAAUCAUGGAGGUGGAAACAUCAUUCUUUGGGGAUGCUUUUCUGCAAAGGGGACAGGACGACUGCACCGUAUUGAGGGGAGGAUGGAUGGGGCCAUGUAUCGCAAGAUCUUGGCCAACAACCUCCUUCCCUCAGUAAGAGGUUUGAAGAUGGGUCAUGGCUGGGUCUUCCAGCAUGACAACGACCCGAAACACACAGCCAGGGAAACUAAGGAGUGGCUCCGUAAGAAGCAUCUCAAGGUCCUGGAGUGGCCUAGCCAGUCUCCAGACCUGAACCCAAUAGAAAAUCUUUUGGAGGGAGCUGAAAGUCCGUAUUGCCCAGCGACAGCCCCAAAACCUGAAGGAUCUGGAGAAGGUCUGUAUGGAGGAGUGGGCCAAAAUCACUGCUGCAGUGUGUGCAGACCUGGUCAAGACCUACAGGAAACGUAUGAUCUCUGUAAUUGCAAACAAAGGUUUCUGUACCUAAUAUUAAGUUCUGCUUUUCUGAUGUAUCAAAUACUUAUGUCAUGCAAUAAAAUGCAAAUUAAUUACUUAAAAAUCAUACAAUGUGAUUUUCUGGAUUUUUGUUUUAGAUUCCAUCUCUUACAGUUGAAUUGUACCUAUGAUAAAAAUGACAGACCUCUACAUGCUUUGUACGUAGGAAAACCUGCAAAAUCGGCAGUGUAUCAAAUACUUGUUCUCCCCACUGUAUAUAUAUAUAUAUAUUUUUUUUUUAAUAUAUUUUCCUUUAUUAUUUUACCAUAACCCUACCAUCCCUCCCCUAAUUUGAGUAAACUAAUGGACACUUAGGCUUCUAUUUCCAGCUACAUUUUACAGACACAGUAUAUUUUACGAUAGUUAUCUUUAGUUUGUUUUUAGCCUUCAGCUCCACUCAACCCCUCCCAUCUAUCUCUGAACACCAUCCAGUUUUGAUUUGUAUUUGUCAUAUAUUUUUCUAACCGUUCUUCCCUUCAACACACUCCAUGCAUCAGUCACUACUACUGCUGCUUUACUAUUCGCUCAGAUCCCUCCCCACGGACCAAUCGUAUGCUCUGUUCCUCACAAGCCAUGAAGGCUCUGUCCAAUCAACUCUCAUUGCAAACAGUGAAAAACACAAAAUGUCUCCAAAAAGUUUUCACCACAUUCAGAACUGCUGUUAGGGCAUAUUUUCUUCACUGUUUCAGUUGUAUUUACGUUUUGAAGAUCUUCUACCAUAAAACCUCUAGGGGAAUGGGAAUGUAUACAACCUGCAUCACGCCUUUACCGCCUCCAAUCGUGAAGAUGUAGGGAACUAUGGCUGAAAACAUUAAAGGGCACCUCUUUGAUUGUUUGAUCAAAGAGAAAAGUGUUCUAUCUAUAGCAUAUAGACUCUGAGCUGUUGCUAGGAGGGUGUGCUGCCUAGUCGUAUUGUACAGAGAAGUGGGAAACUGAGAUAGCUGGGGAGAAAGAAUACUUUAGGGGAUGUACAUUAUGGAUUCCUGACCUCUCUCUCUCACUCCCUGUCUUUAUCUUCCUUUUCCUGUCAUCAUCCUUCCUUUGUCCUUCCUCUCUACCACUCCUCCAGUGGGACGGUGUAGGUCCUCUCCCAGACUCAGCUGACCCUCCUAAAGGAGUCCAGAUGUUAUGGCACCCGUCCAUAGUGAAGCCCUACCUCACCCUGCUGUCAGAGUGCUCCAACCCUGAUACACUGGAGGGAGCAGCAGGCGCACUGCAGAACCUGGCUGCAGGCAGCUGGAAGGUAUGGUGGACCAUCAGUCUGUCUCCUAUUCUCUUUACAGGGGUGCAUCAGUCUAAGGCUUCCCUCACCUGUCUGUCAGUUUUAACUGCCCCAACCCCCCAGUGGUGCGUCAGUCUAACUCUUCCCCCUCUCUCAUCUCUCUCCAGUGGUCCGUCAGUCUAACUCUUCCCCCUUUCUCAUCUCUCUCCAGUGGUCCGUCAGUCUAACUCUUCCCCCUCUCUCUCCACUGGUCCGUCAGUCUAACUCUUCCCCCUCUCUCAUCUCUCUCCAGUGGUCCGUCAGUCUAACUCUUCCCCCUCUCUCAUCUCUCUCCAGUGGUCCGUCAGUCUAACUCUUCCCCCUCUCUCCUCUCUCUCCAUUGAUCCAUCAGUCUUACUAUUCCCCCUCCUGUUUGUCAGUCUUAUUCUUCCCUCUCUCUCUCUCUAGUUGUGGGUCCGUUAGUGUAAUUCUUCCCCCUCUCUAUCUCCAGUGGUCCUUCAAUCUAACUCUUCCCCAUGUCUCUUCAGUGGUCUGUCAGUGUAACUCCUCCCCCUCUCUCUCUUGUUGUGGGUCAGUCAGCCUAACUCUUCCCCCUCUCUCUUCUCUCUCCAGUGGUCCGUCAAUCUAACUCUUCCCCCUCUUUUCCUCUCUCUCCAGUGGUCUGCCAAUCUAACUCUUACCCUCUCUCUCCAGUGGUCCGUCAGUCUAACUCUACCCCUUCUCCCCUCUCUCUCCAGUGGUCCGUCAGUCUAACUCUACCCCCUCUCCCCUCUCUCUCCAGUGGUCCUUCAGUCUAACUCUUCCCCUCUCUCUCCAGGUGUCCGUCAGUCUAAUUCUCCCCCCUCUCCUCUCUCUCCAGUGGUCAGUGUAUAUCCGGGCAGCGGUGCGUAAAGAGAAGGGUCUUCCUAUCCUGGUGGAGUUGUUGAGGAUAGACAAUGACCGUGUGGUGUGUGCCGUGGCCACCGCACUCAGGAAUAUGGCCCUGGACGUCAGAAACAAAGAACUG